CCGCUCCAGUCAGCGUUCACCGACGAACCGACCGACACCACCGGAAGCAGUAAUUUGCGUCCCACCAAUCGGCGAUGGCCUACUACGACACGAGGACGACGGUGGACAGUUUCCUGCUGUCCCGGUACAGCACCGUCACGAGCAUUCCGGGCAGCACCGGAACGAUGGCCUCCGUUGAGGACCUGUUCUUCAACUUCACCCCGACAGCGACGGCUUCGACAUCGCUGGCGACGGCACUCGGCGGCAGUACGACCGGGAGCCCCGGAGGCAACGAAACCGAAUCCAUCGCGGAAAUCGAACCCACCUACUCGCUGGUGCAGAUCAUCAUCCUCGGCAUCAUCGCCACGGUGCUGAGUAUACUGACGGUGGCCGGCAACGUGAUGGUGAUGAUCUCGUUCAAGAUCGACAAACAGCUACAAACAAUCAGCAACUAUUUUUUAUUCUCGCUUGCCAUUGCGGACUUUGCGAUCGGACUGAUCUCGAUGCCACUGUUCUCGGUAACGACCCUGCUGGGUUACUGGCCCCUGGGUCCCCACAUAUGUGACACGUGGCUAGCGCUGGACUACCUGGCGUCGAAUGCGUCCGUGCUGAAUCUGCUCAUCAUUAGCUUUGAUAGGUACUUUAGCGUAACUAGGCCUCUAACAUAUCGAGCGAAGCGUACAACGACCCGGGCUGCGAUCAUGAUCGGGGCCGCCUGGGGCAUCAGUUUACUGCUGUGGCCUCCGUGGAUCUACAGCUGGCCCUACAUCGAGGGCAAGCGAACCGUACCGGAGAAGGAGUGCUACAUCCAGUUCAUCGAGACCAAUCAUUACAUUACGUUCGGGACGGCCAUCGCCGCUUUCUACGUACCGGUGACGGUUAUGUGCUUCCUCUACUAUCGGAUAUGGCGGGAAACGAAAAAGCGACAAAAGGACCUGAAGAACCUGACCGGGGACCGGAAGAAGGAUUCCUCCAAGCGGUCCAACUCGAGUGAUGAGAAUACGGCGGUCAAUCACUCGGGUGCGAUAGCGCAACUGACCAACGCCGAACCGGACGGCUGGCGGAGGCCCCGGAGUGAGUCGUCCGCAGAUGCGGAGAGUGUCUACAUGACCAACGCGGUCAUUUCGGACUCGGGCUACGGGCACGGGAUGCUCUCGCGACGAUCUAGUAUAACCACCAACGGCCUACCGAAAAAGCCGACCACGUUCUUCGGCGGCAUCAAGGAGUGGUGUAUCGCGUGGUGGCACUCGGGCCGGGAGGAUUCCGACGACUACGGGUACGACGCCGAGGAGCCUUCGGAUCUAGGGUAUGCAACACCUGUAUCCAUAGAAACUCCCUUACCAAGCUCAGUUACCAGAUGUACAUCGUUGAACGUCAUCCGCGAUCCCUACGGGACCACGGGCCGGGGCAACGUGGUCAGCAUGAUACCGGACAUUUCGCCGACGCCGAUGCGACCAACGUUGCCCCCGAUGGCCCACCUACAGGACAUGCACGGACCAAGAGAUUCACGCUCACUACCGAACAGCAACCGGCUGGGUUCUCGCUCGGUUAGCCAGGACUCUGUAUAUACGAUACUGAUACGCUUGCCGCCGGAGGGUGGAUCCGGUGACGAGCGGGCACCUUCGAUCAAGAUGAUCCAGGACGACGUGCCCAUGUCGAUGACGGUUCCACCGAGGCGGCCGCUACCCUCCCGGGACUCGGACUACAUCAUCCCGGUGGGGCGGAGACAAUCUACAGCCACGACGGACAUCCGACUGCCGUUGACGACCAAAAUCAUUCCGAAGCCGCUGUCCAAGCAGCAGCAGAUCCACCAAGCGAACAUGCUGCAAACGGCACGGCAGGUCAAAAAGAAGAAGAAAUCUCAGGAGAAGCGCCAGGAGACGAAGGCCGCCAAGACGCUGUCGGCCAUUCUGUUGAGUUUCAUCAUCACGUGGACUCCGUACAACAUCCUGGUGCUGCUGAAACCGCUGACGGCCUGCACCAGGUGUAUACCGCAGGAAUUGUGGGACUUUUUCUACGCCCUGUGCUACAUCAACUCGACCAUCAAUCCGGUGUGUUACGCGCUGUGCAAUGCUUCGUUUCGGCGGACGUACGUGCGGAUACUGACGUGCAAGUGGCACACCCGGAACCGAGAGGCCAUGACCAGGGGGGUUUACAAUUAGGCUUAAGUAGCGAAGAAAGGGGAGGGUUUUUUGUAAUCCUAGGUUUGCCAAUGAAAAUGAAUUGAAAGUUGGUUCGUUCUUUCGGUGUCAUCUAAGACCGAUGAAUCAGAUGAUGCUGAAAAGCAGCUGGUAGUAGAGGAGUUUGCUUGCUCGUAUCAGGAUGAAUCUCAUAUAUGGGAUAAUCAGUUCAAUCCAUCAAUUAUACGGUGGCCCUGUACGUCAAUGAAUAUUUGAAAAUUCCCCAUUCAACCCCACUGCGGGAAGUUCCGUUCAAGCGAUAGUGAUACCCUCAUAUCCAUUCACUAAUUGUUCACGGAUUACCGACUCAUUCUUCUUCACACUCUACUGACUGGUGGCACGCACGUUCCGCGCAAAAUAGAACCCGUUGCUGAAAGCCAACUGUCGAUGAUUGAUACAUAUUGAAUGGAAAAUAUGAAUGGCACUCGGUGAGCCAAUUUGAUCCAUCGUCGGUGCAAUUCUCACACUGCUGACUGACAGUGAGACGCUAAUUGACACGUCAAAAUGGCAGCCUUUCGAAGCAUCACCAACACCGCGUGUUGGUUGUUGAGUGAUUGUGUGGAAAUUGUGGCCAAUCUAACAUGUGCAAUGAAACGGACCUAAAAUUCAAGCACCACAAACUAGAGAUCCUUACAUUGGGUGUCUGCCAGCCAAGGGACCCAUUAAUCCUAAUUAACGGGAUGGAUUUGACCCCGACCGAGUUUGCGCGGAGUGUCCUUCCUUUUCCGUGUAAUGCCAUUAUAUUUCGAAAGAAUGGGCGCUCUUUUGCCGUAUUCCAGCAGCAUCAUAGUUUAACGUGAAGGAUUGGAUAGCCAGUCUUACACUACGGUAUCGUGUGGAAUCACUUUUCUUAAUUUACUAGUAAAUGACAAGAAAAGGUUGCUUUGGGUCUACAAGAACAGUCACCGCACAUUUCAAGCACGUUACCAACACUAUCUGGGACAUUAUUUGUAGACUUUGAGCAAUGUUUUUAUUUUUAUUUUCACGCUAUAUCUGACUUGAAUAUAAUAAUGAAAGUGUUAGUUCCGGUUAAGAAAAAUAAUGCACUGAACGGAAACUACCUGAGUGAUUUCGUUCGAGGUCCAUACCUAGCAUUAGUAUGAAUUACUACCUGCAGUUUCUACUCCGUCAUUGCCUGAAUAGCUGUGCUUACACUAGGCAUCAACAGAUAUUACUUGGGAUUAGUCGGAUCGUGCCGUGGAAGUAUUCACAGCACGAUACUUAUAAUAUGUCUAAAAAAUGCUUAUUCUAGCGAAAAAGCACGUUUGAUCAGUUUGAGCCCAAACAUCAAUUAAAUUUAACCCCUGUAUACGACAUUGAGGCCCCCAUUCUUAACUAACUGAUUAUCGACACCGACUGUGUUCUAAUGCAAGUAAAUUUUAGGAGGUGAAAUAAGCAAAUACUCGCUUUAAUGAAAGUCGUUGAGUCCUCUGCGUUUCACUGAACAAACACUAACUGUUUGUUUGUUUAAUCUGGGUAAGGAUUAGUUUUUUAGGUCGUUUUAAACGAUGUAAUGUAUGGGAUGUUGUAACCUAUUUUCACAAACCAAACCUGUAGAAGUUUUCCCACCAGUGUACAUCCUCUAUGGAGCCACCAUUCCUAACCUUGAGCAGAAAGAUAUGGUAGCACCUCUGCGUUCGUUACAAAUAGCAUCAAUGGUGAACUUUUCGGCAAUUCAGCUCCGGAAGGUGUAGAAAACUCGGCUCUCGGAACCAACGAGAUUCGAUAUCAGUGUAUGCACCUUUUCCAAUUUCAGGGGCUUACGUAGACACCCAUUCUGUUAUCUUUCGUCUUGUUCAGGAUCUCUACCACUCUAAAUGCAAGAAAUUGUUUGUAACUGCAGUGAUUCAAUUACAAUGUUAAAGCUCAACGACGAAUAUGUUAUAUGUUUAUCAUAUAUCGUAGAAUAUUUCGCUUCGUAGGAGCAACUUCCUCAAAUCGACGAAAACGUGAAGAGGCCUUCAUCAGGCAGCCACGAGAGAGUAAACAGUCUCUCCACCUCGCACUCUCUGUCAAUGUUGAUCACCUCUGGUUGUUGCUGCGUUGCUUCUUCAACUCGUUUCACUACCCUCAUACCCUGCUUCGUUGCCGUUUCUUCAUCAUCGCCUGAGAUGGCUGAGGAAAUUUCCCUUUUUGUUAAGUUUUUUACAUAUUUCGCUAGGCACGGAGAAUAUUUGGUUUCACAGCUUCCAAUGCCCAUCGCAAAUAUUUCACGAGUGGAGCGGACCUGGUGUGAUGGUUAGAACACUUGACUAUCACGCCGAGGACCUGGGAUCGAAUCCCACUCCCAAUAAACUCAAAAAAUGUGAGUUCUUCCUUCGGAAGGAAAGUAAAACGUGGGUCCCGAGAUGAACUAGCCUAGGGCUAAAAAUCUCGUUAAUACCGAUAAAAAAAAACAAAUAUUUCACGAUACAGGAAAUGCGGACUAUACGCUUCUUGUGAUCGCCUGCUUAACAUUUCUUCAAACUGCUACUGAAAGCUACAGAACACCGUUAUAAAAGAUAUAUACUAAAUAGUCCAGGGGUUAGCAAGACGCGGCGGAAUCCCAGACAAUUCUGAUUUUCCCAGGUGUCUGAUUCGAUGUUAAUAUGUAUUGUUGUUAUCAAGAAUAUUAUCCGACUUAAACUGAUAAGAUUUCAACUCUCGGUUAUUGCUCGGUAUUGCCACAUUUUUCUUUUUUUAUCUUGUUCUCUGAUGAUGGCGUUGUUGACACGUACGGCACAAGAGGUGGUCCUGUUCCGUUCUUCAAAGACUCUCAGUACUCUAUCCUUUGAAGACGGCGCAAUCUUUAACUUUAGCCCUAGUCGUGCAUUGGGGUCAUUAUGACCCAUAUAGACACGGUGAGUGUGCUCUACGUCAGCCCAGUGUUUGGAAGCCAAAGUGAUAAAUGAACCACUCGGCAGUUUUUGUUCCCUUCUGUUGGUUCUUCUUUAACUACCACGCGCGGCUGUGUUCUUUCGUCAAGUUGCAUGGUUCACAAAGGAAUACAAAGAAGAUGCCCCGAUAUACAAAAGCUGCGGCGAGGAGUGGGCAUCCCAAAGUGUAACAAUUUCUGAUGCUCUCUCAUCGUUGCCUUGCAACCAGGGUGCAAAAUGUUCAUAGUCAUUGACUGAAAACAGCACGAAUUUGAAUGAUUCUGCACUGAAUAUUCAAAACAAACAAAUUCAUUUUCGCUCUCCCUCUUCACACAGUCAGUCAAUUCGUAGUCAUUGAAUAUGAAGCCGAUCGAGAAACAUCUCCAUAAUUACCUACAUUUAUGGCUACGAUUCCUUCCAAAAAUACUCCACAACAAUCAAAUGGUAAAAGGUCUGUGUAAAGCAUCGUUAAAUGUAAUCGAAACGUUAAUAUUUUAUCAGCAAUUUAACACUUUGUAAGAUGUUUACAAAUAUUCAUUGACUUUCAUUCAGAUGACAAACGAGUAUCGAGCAGCUGAAUAUGAAUAUGCAGGCAAGUGAAUGAAAAUUGCCGCACGGUGAACUUCAGCUCGUCUGCUCGAAAAUUUUGCGCCCUGCUUGCAACAACUAUGAAUAUGAAGUAUUAAAUACUUAUUUUUUAUCACUAACCGCAUUUUCGCUCUAAAAACGUAACAUACUAUAUGAUUUAAUUGUCAUGUCGCAACCUAUGCCAUGAAAAUCAAGAGUUUUGACACUAUUCUGGCAUAAAGCAUCCUCCCGAGCAUCCUCCCUUUGGACUGCACUAUCGUAUCAAACCGGGCAAGAGAAUGAGUAACAUUACGGGAAGCGUUUCCGAUCACGUCUUUUCACGAAUUGUUACAUUCGUCGAGUGUACCACAAGCUGAGUGUAGACCACUCAGUGACUUACGAUAAAAUUCCAAACACUGGCGUCAGUUAAUGCACGAAGAAGGUUAAGGCCUGUUCCGUUACACGCCAAGAGCAGCACCACAGACGGAAUCGCUUUCUUUCAACUCUUUCUUUGGCGGAAACGGAAUGAUUCGGAUACAGAAUGAGUAAUGAUGAAUAUUUUGACCUUGACACGGUCACUCUUGCUGACUCGUAAGUGCUUAGUGUCCUUCAUGACUGUGACGUCCGAGGCGGUUGGUCCCAAUUGUCGACACGAAGUUCAUAACUAUACAAAGAUAAACCAUCACAAACCACCACUUUUAUAGUGUCCGAUAUUCUAAGCGCUGCUGUCCUGAGAUCUUGCAGCUGCCCACCUGGACAGUAGAACAUUGGAAGCCCUGAGGCGCAAUUUUGUCCAAACGUAAAUCCAGGAUUUCUACCAGCGUUCACCGCAUUUUAAGACCCCAGUUGUUGAGGAAACUGUCCGCUGUUCAUCAUUCCUCAACUUAUCACUAACCCCGGAAUGGUUAGUUAGGCCAGGUUUGUCUCUCCGAAAAAUCUCAGAAACCCAGCUUACCAAACCUCUAGGUAUUGCUCCUAACUUAUGGUAGAAACGAUCCCUUUCAUGCCUUGAACACUUCGCGUAGUUGAUCCAAACACACAUUAUUUGGCAGCGCAGUCGUCGAAACAUAACUGCAUAUUAAACGCAGAUACGCCAGCUGUUGUCACCUCUGGUUAUGAGAUGCCGAGGGUUUUCUUCUCUCAAAAGUGUAGAAUUAGCUUUAGUUAAAAUACACAGAAAUAAAAAAAAAAAGUUUUCUUCUCGCCGAUCACCUGCUGCUUCCAAUUCCGCACAUUGUUGACUCUCGUCGCUGCUGAUUGUUCAUUGAAGCUGUUCGUUCCAUUCCUUCAUUCGCGCUAGUAUUGUUUUAUUUGCAAAAUUUCUCAACUGCAGCAGGCGUCGGUGUUCUUCCAUCUCCUUCUCCAAGUUUUCACGCUGUGUCUGGAUCCGCUGAUCCUUGGAUCUUGCCUGCUCUGUUAGGAUCAGGGAGGAGGCAGGCAGGUCAAACUCGCGCAAACUAAGUUUGUCUAUAACUCACUUCAGAAGCCGAAUUAUAGAAUGCGAUGUUCGGCAAACUUGUAGACUAGUGCUUGUUCUACAUUUAUUACCACGAAAACCAUAUUCUAGCUCUUUCAUUAACAGCGUGAAAUUGUUAAAACCACCUACUCAUAUUCAAAGAUCGAAAAUUCCGAUUGCGCGUAUGCCAGCAGUGAUAAAUGAAGUAAUUCCUUGCAAUCAUUGAUUGGCAGAAAACCUUGGAAAAACUCUCGAAUGAAUACCUUGCGGAGCUCCAGUAUAAAUCCCUGAAUGAAAACUUGGACCAUCUCCGGAGAAAUUCCAAAAUCAAUCUAUAGUGGCAUUUUUGAGAAGUUCAGGGGGAAUACCACGAGGAACUUUAAUACUCGAAGGAAUCGGUGGGAAAACUCUAGAAGAAAUUCCCUUGAUUUAGAAGAAAUUCCUAGAAUAACUUCUGCGAAAAUCCUCUGUCAACAAUGCUUACAAGUACUCUAGAAUAAAUUUGUAGGAGAACUAUGGGAACAUUUGAGAAGCUUCCGGAGAAUUCACAGGAAGAAUUCCAGGAGAAAUCAUCGCCGAAAUUUAAAGUGAAAUAUAAGGAAGAACUUGACAAUAAUACUCUUGAGGAACUUAAAGAAAAAUCCUUGGAUAAACUUUUGGGGAGACCUGCAGCUGGAGGUACCUCUGCAGAAACACCGAAGAGAAUCCGUUGGGUAAUUUAAGGAGAAACCUGAGGAUGAGCUCAAGGAGAAAUUCCUGGAGAUACACCUGAAGAAAUCUAUGAUUCCGGGUCAUUUGGCCGAAUGCCAUUUGGUCGAAUGCCGUUUUGCCGAACGCCAUUUGGCUAAAAGGGUCAUUUGUCCGAAAAAUGAAUGAUGAACUUAAGUGACCAUGCCACAGUUCCCCGCAUCAGUAUAACUCGAAAGAGCACCCUAUGGUUCAAAGAAAGAAAAAAGCUUUGAUAAAAUAUAUGCAGUUUCAAUGCCAACUAAUCCCUGAAUGUCAAAAUUAGAAAGAAUAGCCUCUGAUUAAAAGAGGAAUAUUACUGGAUAUCAUAUUAGUAGUUAGAAUGUUGAAAACUUUUGAUCAUAAUUCGGCCAAACGGCAUUCGGACAAAUAGCCGGACACCGAAAUCCAUGGAGGGAUUUCAAGUGAAAUCCUUGGAGGAACUCCAGUAGGAAUCAGUGGUUGACGCCAAGAAAAUUGUUGGAGAAACUACCAACCAAAUUUUUUGGAAUGCUUCCAGCACAAAAAGAAAUCAGCAAAACAAAUUGCUGAUUUUCAGCAAUAUUUUUGCUAAGUUUCAGCACAACGUUGCUGAUCAAUUGUCAAAACUGCUGGAUGGUUCGGCAAGAUAAGAAAAAUAAUUGCUGAUUUUCAGUAAAUUUGUAUUGCUGAAAGCAAUCAGCACAAAAAAAAAUCAGCAAAGUUGGCUGAAUACCAGCAAACAAAAUUUGCAGUGUACAUAAAAAAUGACUGAUAGGGUAUCCGGCCAUUUGGCCGAAUGUUGUUUGGUCGAAUCAUGAUCAAUAGAGUUCAGAGGAAGUUUUCGACAUUCCAAAUCACAUUGACGAUCAUCCGAAAUAUUUCCUUUUUUAAUCAUAGGCUAUUCUUUCUUGUGUUGUUAUUCAGGGAUUAGAUGGCGUUGAAAUCGCCAAUAUUUUAUCAAGGAUUUUUCCUUCUUUGAAUCAUUGGCUGUUCUUUCGAGUUAUACUGAGGCGGGGAGCAGUGACAUGGUCACUUAAGUUCAUCAUUCAUUUUCGACCAAACGGCAUUCGCCAAAUGACAUUUGGCCAAACGACCUUUCGGUCAAAUGGCGUUCGGCCAAAUGGCAUUCGGCUAAAUGGCGUUCGGCCAAAUGACCCGGAACCGACUGAUACUCCAGGGUUAGUUGUCAAACGAAAUCAAGAAGGUGCAUCAGGAAGAAAUCAAAGAUAUAUCCUGAGAUGAGGUUUUUUUUUAUUCUUAAUCACUUAACCUAAUUUACAGCUCUAUUGUCCACUGGGGCACUACUUGAGCAAUUUCAAUUGACAGCUGCACUUACAUUUUGUACAGCGCCUAGAUUCUAUUCUACUUUAUCGAACUGGUUGCCUUUUUGCUGCUUUCACUUUUUUUACUUUAUACCUAGUAGAAUGAUGAGCACAAGGAUGAUGAUGGAUGGCCGUUGGUCCUUUCCAGUCCGAUUGGGGGUCCAUCCCGAGCAGAGGAGAAUAUCAAAAUAAUAACAACGGAAUCAUAAAACCUGUUUUUAUAUCUUAAUUUGUUAUUAUUAACUUAUUUAGGUAUAACCAUUCCAUAACAUAUUUUGUUGGACAAUCUCAUUUUGUAAUGAUCGUGCUAUUGGUAUAUCUUCCUUGAAUUACAUGUCAAUAACAUGUUUUGCUGUGGGACAAGUUCAGUUAUUUUUGUGUUGUUGAAACUGUACAAAUAUUUGAACAUUAAUAGCACAGCAACCAGCUUUGUAAUCAAAACUACACCAUUCGAGAAUAACGUUGUCCACAGUAUUCUGUGAGGAACCGAAGAGAAAAAAUUAUUUCCUCAUUAGUUCUUCUUCCUCUUAUUUUUGACAUUACAUUCCAACUGUGACAGAGCCAACUGAUCAGCCUUUUGUUUUAUAAGCACUUUGAUAAGUAUAUUUGUUUCUCCAGUUUCAGUUGGGUACGAGCACGUGUACAGAAAGUGCUAGAGCUAGAAUGUUAGCCAUUUUACGUAUUGGAUCAGCUGGUGGAAUUCCAAGAUGAACUACAUAUUUUGACAAAAAUGUCAAAAAAGUAGCCUGUCACCAAGAAACAGAAGAAAACUUGAUUAUUUCUAGACUAUUGCUUUUACUGCAGCAAGGCCACUUAGAUUUUGAUACAAUAACUAAUUUUGUUUUCUGAUUGGUAUCAAUAGCUUACUUAUUUCAAAAUUUGUUAUUGAAAUAUUUUGAUAAUUCGCUAUUAUUAAGUUGUUAUUAAAACUAACAAAACGUGUUAUUUAACUGGUCUUCCAGGAACAUUUUUUUGUUAUGAUUUUUGUUAUUUUGCCGCUUAUGACAGACAAGUUUAUAAUAUGAUACGUUAUGUUAAUAACAUGAAAAUAACUCUCUCUGCUACUCAGUUGUUUUGCCGAAAUAACAUAUUUUAUUAUGCUGUUGUAAUUCCCUUCUGCUCGGGAUUAUGAGUAGCAGUUCGUCGAUGUCCAGGUAUCCGGGUCCGUUUGAGCCAUGGGGUUCAGAAGAGGGUCAGUGUCAGUUGCUCUCGGGGGAAAAGCAACUGACGAAAAAUUGCAAGUGCCGGGGCUGGGAAUCAAACGUGAGAUGAGGUGUAGAACUAAAACCGUAAAGGCACUCGAGGUGAUUUUCUUGAAAAAAAAAACUUCAUAACGGUACCUCUAUGAUCGCACGGAUUGUGCUGUCGCACAAUAAAAAUGGUUGAAUUCUAAUGUAGCUUAAUUAGUGACCUCUGUCAGCUGCCCUAAUUCACAGUUAUGAAUUUGGAAGCUUGUGUUUUUGCGAAGAAGCUGCAGAUUCCUCUGAAUGAUUAUUGAUUAUUCUGAAAGCAAAAAAAAAACCCAAAAGAAAUCUGGACAACCAUACUAGAGAAACAAAAGAGGCGUUUCUGCAAGUUACAGGUUUUGAUAAGGUGCUGCAAAUUUUAAGUGGACGUGGUUGAAUCAGGUAGUAAAAAUUCAUCCAAAAAUUCCACUACAGGAAUACUUUCUGAAACUCCUUCAGAGAUACUACUUAGAAUGGCUUCUAGGAAGGAUCUCUGCAAAGAGAUUCUUUCCGUUCUUACUCUCGGGAUGGUACUCAGAGAUUUUCAGGGUCUAUAUUGAAUUUUCUCUCAGAGUUUCUUCCGGAGAUUCUCCAGGAGUAUCUUCUGGGAUUUAUGAAAGAGUUAUUGCUGAUAAUUUUCAUGCAGGGUUCCCAUGCUUUUAAAGAGGGAUUCCCAGAAUUUCCUGGUAAUUGCUUGCGGGAUUUCUUGCUGUGAAUCACUUGAGAUUUUUGUUGAAGUUUUUUUAGAAUUACUACCAAAACGAUUCUUGAUAUCCCUACCGGAAAACGUCCAGGGAUUCACAUUCUGGGAUUGCUGUAACUGUUACGCCCGGAGUUUUGACCAGGAUUUUUCGAGAAGUUUCCCUCGAAAUAUCUCCUGGGAUAAAUUACGACAAACUUGUAAUAAAUUCCCGAAAAAAUAUCAAAAAGAACCCUGAUGGAAUCUCACGGGGAAGCCCGGAAAGAACUAUAGGAGAAAUCCCUAAAGGAGAUUUGUUUAGAGAGACUUUACCUCUAGGGCAUUCGUCUCUGCACCAAGUACUUCAAAACUAAGUAUUGACCUAGUUCCUGCAUAUUUUUCACUAAAUAGAGAUUGCACUCUUUUUUGAUUUUUCAGAUCUAUCAACAAAGGACUGAGAAGUUGUGAAAUUCAAUCAUAAGUUUCAAUUUUCCAAUCAUUUUUGAGCAUAUAUAAAAGUGUCGAUCACUGAAUUGGAGGUAAAAUGUCAGUCUUCCAUUCUGCCAUGCUCACCCAGAGUUUCAAUGCAAGAGGAAUUUACUUUUUUAAUUAAAUUACUACACAUUCCCGGGAGAUUUUCUUUCCUGCCCACGAUUCUUCGUUGUCAGAGCUGUGCAGCGGAUGCCAAAGAAUUGCUCCACGUGUGGUUUACUUUAUUCCAUCCGGCCGGCCUGUCACUACCACCGGUGCGCUGCUGACUGGCAAUGGUAGACAAUACUGCGGAGUUGACCAUUACUGGUCACAAGGAGGACGGCGGAUGGCGGCCAAUGGGGUGGCUUUCGCCCAUUCUUGUGUGUUCCUCCCGGCUUAUCCGCUACGCCACCGUGUCCAGAGAGUCGCACCGAAUGAGAUUUACUUCCGUCACGUGGUUAAUUAAGAUUAAUGACUGCCAUUUACGACGGAUCAGGGAGAUCCGAUGGAAAUUUGGCAGACGGGGGGAGAUAAGUUUUUAUUUCGUUCUGAGCGGUUAGUUCACACCAAAGUUAUAAUUGCUUCGUAAAAUAUUAACUUCUUUACCGUCCGUCGCCGGCUGCCGGCGGCUGACCGGGCCGGGAGGAUAGCCUCACAUUUUAUUGAUUCCGGACACGUGUCUGAACUUUAAACUAAUCUGCAGCAACGCAUUCAUCCUUCGGAGCACAUGACAGGCAUUUCGUCGUUUCUUGGAACUUGUAGUCAUCCCGCACAUAGUCGACGAACAGAAAGGGCUCGCCCGGGUUGAUUAUAUUAAGAUCCCGGUUCCGUUGUUUGUGACUUCUUGGGUACCGACCGGCGACCAUGUUCGCAGAAACUCUACUAUUCUGUGCGGAAUUUAUUUGUCCUUGUUAGACUCAGACCCGUGGGGUUUGCCCAACACUUGCAGUGGCGCUCUUGUACGGCCAUCCCACUAUUGAAAUUAUUGUUAGACGAGUAGAAAACGCUUGUCACGUUCCUUCCUGCGAAAGUUACUGGGAACUUGUAAUCUGGAUCCAAUUCUAUUGAAACUAUAAUUGAGAGCUUCAGUGUCCCAAACAUGUUUUGAUUAGUUUUGCUACCCGGUAAUACAUGGGUAUGCAACACCCAAGUACUUAAAUUCGAGCAAGCAAAUGAAUUCUACCGCCAAUGAAUAAAAAUAGAUCAAAACUAAAAAUAAAACAAAAAAAAAACAAUGUGAAACUCAAAAGUGAGAUUAACGAUAAUUUCUAGUCUUAUUGAAGAAGCAAAAGAGAAGCAUAGAAAACAGAACAAAAUGCGCAAAUUAGGCUAAGCAAACGUGAGUGUGCAGCAGUGCGUAGCGCUGCAUAGUUGUACUCCUCCUAGAAAGUAUAGUUAUAUAUCAUUUAUCAGUGUAGGUAAAUAUUAGAAAGCAAAUCAUAGAGCAAACUGAAAUUUAAUCCCUGACAAGAAAAAUUGCUCCCCGUUCCGGAGAGAAUACCUGUACUAGUAGACUAACCAUAGAGAUACUAACUGGGUAGGUAGCGAUCGAUUGACCGAGAAACCGUUGUAGGAAUUUCGUAUGGUUGACUAUUUUGUCUAGUCUCAGACUGUUUUCCGUAAACUAUGCUUUUAAGGUUUUCGAUUCAUUUCAUUGUUGCUAUACUGAACUCAUCUAACAAAAAGGCGAUUGGUUGUUUUACGGCCUAAACACAUUACUUCGUAUCGUACUCAUGAAUUCAAUCGCCUUCCAUCUGUCAACUUUGCUGUAGCUCUUUCUUGGUUCUUUUUUCAGUGUGAAUUUUGUUGUUGUGUGCUUGUUCAUUACUUUGCUUUGUUUGUUUUAGAAUUUCGUUGUUUCGAUUUAUCAACAGUGUAUAUCGAAUAAUGCAUUCAAUCAACGUUGAAAAAAGCGAUUUGAGUAGCUACACAACUAAUACUGAAGCCUUUCAACGUCCAUUUUAUUUUUUGUUAGAUUUACCGAAAUCCAACUUGUUCAAACUGAAAGAUAUUGAAUUGGGAUUGAAAAAAUGAUCGGGAGAGGCAAAAUGUUCACUUUUGAAAAAAUGAUUAACUAGCUUUUCGAAAACUGUAUCAAAAUUCUCAAUUUUAAGAAAUCGGGAUAUUCUUAAGUCAGAAGUUAGAAAAAAAUCUAGAAAAAGGCAUAGUUAUGCGAUAGCCAACUUUGAAUUGUAUAACUCCGGAUAAAAUGAACCAAAAUGCACAUUUUAAGCGGAGUUAAAACAAUUUAAAUUUGGCUAUCGGAUAAUUAUGCCUUUUUUCUAGAAUCUUUCUAACUUCAUUCAGACCGGUCUUUCCCAAAUUAUAACCAUCAUUGUUGUUCGAAUGAGUGUAAUCAGUUUCGUACCUUUUAAUUCCGCCCUAAUUUCUAACCCUUUGACAGAUACGCGUAUUUCGACUACCACUUGUAAUCUUCCUCAGUGUCAGUUAUCCAGUGAUAGUCGAAGUACGCGUAUCUGUCAAAGGAUAAGCAAUCAGGGCGGCAUUAAAAGGUACGACACUGAUUACACUCAUUCGAAGAGGGUAUUCUGCUUGGAGGGUUCGAAAAGUCGGUACAGCAUCAUUGUUGAUCAACUGAAGUAAAACUUUGAGAAUUUUUGAUGCACUUUUCGAAUAGUUUCAACUAGUCGAUCAUUUUUUCAAGAGUGAUAAUUUUGCCUGACCCGAUCGUUUUGUCUAUCCCCUGUACUUGUCACGCGUCACAAAUGUUUCAAAUUUUUAAUUUUGUUUGUGCCCGACUAUUCCGUCUUUGAUUUUCUGAAAAACUAUGAUGGAAACUACCACGUCUCACUUAUUCAUGCUAUGCAGCGCUCUUGUGUAUUGCUGUGAAUAUCAAUGCCAAACUUCAGACAUCACCAACCAAUGGCUCAGCUUUACAAAAAUCAAAUCUUCCAAAUAUUUUCUGGGAUUCCACCAGAAGGUCUAAGUCAGUUGUCAUGGAGUUCUUUCGAUAGAUUCUUCUGGGAAAUUUGUCAGGGAUUUCUUGUGAAAUUCUUCUGUGAUUUCUCUUGAAGGUCGUUCUGAGAUUCCCGAAGGAUUUUUUUUUGGAUUGUUCCUUUUAUUUUUUGGCAAUUAUGUAUGAAAUUUCUGCGGACAUUUUUUUGUGAGAUUACUCCAGAUAUUUCUUCUGUGAGUCAUCGAAAAGGUCCUUCCAAGAAGGUUUCUCAGAUGUUUUUUUUUUUAAUCUUUUCUUGAAUUGCUACUGAAAUUCCUCCAGUAGAUUCGUUUGGUGUUUUUUGUUCCUUUUUUUUUCAAAUAAUCCUUAAGGAACAACUCUAGAAUAGCAUGGGGCAAAUCUAGCUGAAACAUCGAUUUUUGUGAAUCGAUUCGAAUCGGAUCAGCAGAAUCGAUUCACCGAUUUAAUCGAAUGCUUUGAAUCGAUGUUUUCACAUCGAUUCGAUAUUAUAAAAUAUUACAAAACUUUAAAAUGAUUGCUGCAUGUUGAAGUACAUGUUAUGUAGUUCAUGGUAUGUUUAACUUUUCUAAAUAAAUUCAAUAUCAAUGUUUGAGAUUGCUAAUCGAACAUUUCGCGACUCUGAUUUGUUGAGAUAGUGCCAGUGCAUUCUAAAAAAAUGAAAUUUAAUAUUUUUUAAUCGAAAGAAAAAUCCUACCUGAUAUUCUCCAGAACUCUGAGAAGUAUGCCCAUAUAGUACUGAGAGAAAUUCUCCCAGAAUCUUUAAAGAUACUCCUCCAAAGUUCUGAAAGGAGUUCCUCUAGAAUUAUGAGAGAGAUUUCUUCAGAAUACUGAAAAUUAUUACACUAGAAUCCUGAGCGACAUUAUUCAGAAAAGAUAGCAAGACUCUUUCGGUAUCUUGGUAGGAAUUCUCUCUGAGUUCUUCCAAGAUUUCAGGAGACCGAUUAUUUCAGAGUCCCAAGAGGAAUUCUCCCAGAAUCAAUUGAUAGAUUGAAUCCUAAGAGAAGCUUCCCCUUGGGAUUCCUUCAAAAUGCUCUAGACUUCUAAAAUGAAUUCUCCCAGAAUCCGGAGAGGAAUUCCAAGAGCGGCCCCAGAGUUCUGAAAUGGGGAGUUUAGACCCCUAAGAAGGAUUACUUCAGAAUCCCAGAUUGCUAAAGAAACCUGAGAUAUAAUCUCACAGAAUUUUAGGAAAUAAGAUUCCGCCGGAAUCCUGAGAAGAAUUCCUCCAGAAUCCUUUUAAGUAUUCUCCCUGCAUUCCCCUAAAAUCCUGUGUAGAAUCCUUUGAAAUGCUGAUUAUAAUCCUGCCAGAAUCCCGAAUAUUCAUUAUUCUACGAGUGAUUCCAUCAGAAUCUUGAGAGGACCAUAUGAUUCUUCAAGAUUCUUAAGAGAAAUAUAUCUAGAAUUCUAAGAAGGUUUUUUUUUUCGAAAAUCCGAUGAGGGUUCUUCCUGGAAGGAAUUACGAGAACUUCUAGAAUGGAUUUCCCCAGCAUCAUUUGAAAGAUUCUCUGGAAUUCUGAGAGGUAUUCCCACAUAAAAUAGAAAAUUUACCGAAGAUUCCUGAAAGACAUUCCCCCAGAAUCUUUGAAAGGACUCUUUUAAACUCCUCAAUAGGCCAAGGGAUGAAAGUCUCUUUAAUAAAGACAAAUCGAUCAAUCAACUCCUGAAAGGGAUUGUCCCAGAACUCUGAGAGUAAUUCCUCCAGAACACUUUUAAUUAUUACACCAGAAUCUCAAAAGAAUCCACCCAUAAUCUAGUCAGGGAAUUUCCCUGAUCAAUAAGAGGGACUCUCCCGAAAUCCUGAAAGGGAUUUCUGGGAGAAACUGCUCCAGAAUACAGAAAACAGAAUUCUACUGGGAUUCUUGCAGAAUGCUGAGAAGGAUUUCUUCCGAAUCCUAAGAGGAAUCACACAAUCUUUGCGAGGGAUUCUCCAAAAUAAAAUUUCUCCAGAGAAUUCUGUCCAGAAACUCAUGAGAGAUUCUUCAAUAACACUGCUCGACAAAAUUUCACAAAAUUUUGUGUUAUGGGAUGAGAAAAAAAUAACAGGGGCUUGGGACCCUAGAAGCGUCAUAGUGAAAGAAUUUUCGAAAACUAUUGGACCGGGCCUUCACAGUUUAAAACCGAAGUUUGUAUGGAGAACUUGGGGCGUUCAAUUGAUAUGUGCAUUAGAACGUGUCCUGCAAACGCCUAAAUGCAGUAUUUGAGUUAGUUUCGUUAUUGUCUAACGCCUAAAGAAAUGCACAGCGCGUUCU